AUGGCUAUCGUCCAAAAAAUCAAGGACUCGACCACCGCCGAGAAGGUUGCUGCCGGCCAGGCUGGUGCAACGGCCGAGGAUCCCAUUGAUGCCCUCAUCAUUGGAAGCGGCCCUUCUGGAAUGGUCUGUCUGCGAAAUCUCCUCAGGGAUCAACCACCACUCUCUGUGAUUGCAGUAGAACGCCAAUCAGUUCCCGGGGGCAUCUGGACCGGUCAUAUUCCGGAAUAUUCGACGCUACAGGACCUGGUUUGCGAAUAUGAAGUGCACGGUGUCAAAUUCCCUCGACGUGAACCCGCGAGACGUGCUACCAGAGACCAAAUUGCCGAGUUCUGCAACGCCUACUUUCAAGAGUUCGACCUGCAUGACCACGUUGUUUGGCAGCAUGAGGUGGCUCAUGUGGAGAUGGUUAAGCCUAUGCUGCACAAAGUCGUCAUUCGCCCAUUCGUCAAGGGGCAGGAGGACCCUGCCGGUCAGACCGUGUAUACACGGAGUGUUCUUGUCUGCACGGGUCACAAUAUGGAGCCUUAUAUGCCGGAGUUCCCCGGCCAGGAAACGGCCAAAUUCCCUAUUAAGCACAACAACACCAUUCGGGACGCAAAUGAAAUGCCGGAAUCUGAUAUUCUCGUCGUCGGUGCCGGACCUUCGGCGAUGGACAUCAUUCAGGAAGCUUGUGUGACGCGGGGUGCGACGAACGUACAUCUCGUCGCACGGUCUGCUCACUGGGGGGCUCCUGAUUUAUGGUGGCCUUGGCUGUGGCAGUAUGGAUGGACUGAUUUGCAUCUGAUGCGUGUCCUCUACCGCAUUUUGCCUAUUUUCGUCGUUGAUGCGAUCUUCUACUUGAUUCAUCUCGCCUGGGCAGUCAUCAAUAACGUGCCAGAAUGGCGGCCCCCUCUCCACGAAGGGCCAUCGGCAAAGGUUGGCCUGAUUUUGCGAACCCAUCUCGUGGAACCCUAUCACAAAGGGAAGUUCCGAAUCCACAACAACUGCGGUAUCAAAGAAAUCGACGGAGAGAAGGUUGUUCUCACAAAUGGCACGGUCCUAUACCCGAGGAUGCUUGUUGCAGCAACAGGCUGGUCAACCGAAUCGGCAUACCUGCCUGAAGGUUCCCCAGCUGGUGAGUAUGACUCCCUAGCUGCGGCAGAUGCGCCGCGACCGCUAUAUCUCCGAUUCUACGACCAGGACUACCCUGGUAUUUUCUACAUCUCUGUGGCAGCUGGCUUUAUCACGUACACAGAAAGUGCCUCUUUCCUCAGCCAGGCUAUCAAUCAAAUCUUACGUGGAACCUGGACACCUCCGUCGGAGCAGGAAAUCCAAAAGAAUCUGAAAGAGGUUGUUUUGCAUCAUAUUUGCCUCCCUGGUCUCAUUGAAGAGGACCUUGCAGCCGCGGGCUUCAAAGAUCUCCGUGGAAAGAACCUGCGCUAA